UCGUCACUUUCUAAGUCAGCCAGCAAUCAGUCUCAUCUCUGAUUUCUCUUUGUACUUCUUUUUGCAAUUCUUCAAAAUGAGCUUCAGAACCUCCAGCAUCCAGCAGAUCCCUUCCACCCGGAUGUCCUACACCCGCUCUGCUCCUCAGUACCAAGCUAACAGCAUUUACGGGGGUGCUGGUGGACAGGGUGCCCGAAUCUCCUCCGCCUCUGCAUCCUCCCUGCGCUCUGGGAUUCCCAUCUCAUCUUCCUCCAGCAGCUUCAAGCUCAGCAGCAUGAUGGGUGGCGGAGCCAGCGGAGCCGGCGGAGCCUUCGGUGGGGCUGGUGCUGCUGCUGCAUCUGGUAGUAGUGCUGGCAUCUUAGGCAAUGAGAAAGGGGCAAUGCAGAACCUGAAUGACCGUCUUGCUAACUACCUGGAGACGGUAAGGAACCUGGAGCAGGCUAACAAGAACCUGGAGAUGAACAUCAGGGAGGCCCUGGAGAAGGGGGGUCAGGAUGUCAGAGAUUACAGCAAGUAUGAACCAUUCAUAGAAGACCUACGCAAUCAGAUCUUUGACCAAGUAGCAGAGAACGCUCGAUUUGUGCUCCAGAUUGACAACGCCCGUCUUGCUGCAGAUGACUUCAAAGUGAAGUUUGAGAAUGAGAUGGCAAUUCGGCAGUCUGUGGAGGGCGACAUUGCUGGCCUGAAAAAACUCAUCGACGAAACCAACAUGAGCAGGAUGAACAUCGAAAGCGACAUCGACGCUCUGAAGGAAGAGCUUCAUUUCCUGAAAAAGAACCAUGAAAAUGAGGUGAUGGAGCUGAGGAGUCAGAUCUCUCACUCCGGCGUGCAAGUGGACGUGGACGCUCCCAAAGGUCAGGACCUGUCCCAGAUUAUGGAAGACAUGAGAACCAACUAUGAGAAGAUCGCCAUGAAGAAUGCAGAGGACCUUAAACGCUGGCAUGAAAAUCAGAUUGCAGAUGUGCAGGUCCAGGUGUCACAGAACACAGAAGCACUUCAGGGGGCUCAGGGGGAGAAAAGUGAUUUAACCAGACAGAUACAGACCCUGGAAAUUGAACUCGCCUCUCAACAGAAUUUAAAAGCCUCUUUAGAAGACACUUUACGCAACACCGAGCUACGCUACAACAUGGAAACGGAAAAGAGUAACGGCAUCAUAAUCCGCCUGGAGGAAGAACUCACCAACUUGCGGGAAAACAUUCAGCACCAGACCCAGGAGUACGAGGCGCUGCUCAACAUGAAGAUGAAGCUAGAGGCCGAGAUCAGCACUUAUAAGAGUCUGCUGGAUGGUGAAGACUUUAAGCUUCAGGAUGCACUGGAGGAGCUGGGGGCCACAAGUUAAUUCAGUACAAAGAUCCAGAAGAACAAUGAAAACUUGCACCCACAAUCUACAGCAACAGGAAAAUGCAUCUUGCUGGUCAUCUUAGCUAAAGAAAGAAAUUCUAAAUACAGCCCCGCCACAACACACUCAUUGUUUUAGAGACACACGUUGCUGGUUCUGACAAAUAAAAUAAAUUGUUCCCAUCCUGCAA